AUGCCCCUUGAGCCGCUAAGCGCCCUCUCGCUGUUCUGCAACGUGCUUGAUCUCGCCGAGAAAGGCGUCAAAGCUGUGAAGUUCGCCAAAGAUACCUAUGCGGCUGCCGAUGGCAUCGCCAAGGACCAUCGCAACCUCGUGGCUUUCACCACGCAGAUGGAGGACAUCGUAAUUGGCAUACGGGGCAGCGUCCAAACGGUCGACGUUUUGCAAACAGCCGACGAGGAGGUCCUGAAAGUUGCGGCUACGUGCCAGGACCUCAUUAACCAAUACAAGUCUGUGCUCGAGAGGUGUCGGGCUCAGAAGAGAGGUUCCGUAAGUGCGAGUACCAAGGCAACUAUUCGGUCUGUAUUUGCCAAAGGGGAGCUCGAGAAACUGCACCAAUCUCUCGAAGCCCAGGGCAGUAUGCUGAGGACUGCAUUGGCGUCCACUGCGAGACAAAACUUGGGCAUCCUGGUUCAUCAGCUUUGCAACGCAGACGUCGAGCAUGGACAGAUCAAAGAUCGACUCGGAUCUAUCCAGAAGCAGUUGAAAUCGUUGGAAGCUAAAUUAUUGGAUCCUGAUGAUCUGGUGGCGAAGCUGACGGAGGCCACCAAAAUUUCAUCAUCUGCUUUGCUCGAACUGGAUAUUGCCUUCAUCUUGACAAGUCUCGAGAACAGUGCCACCGGUCCUUCCUGUAACCCAAGAUACAACGAUGUGUUUGACGCUGCGCCAAAUACUUGUGAUUGGAUCUUCGAAAGCCACAAAGAGCUUUCAAGGACUUGUCAUACCCUCAAAUUAUCAUUGAGUGACUGGCUGAAAGAAGGCCAUGGCAUCUUUCACAUCGCUGGGAAACCUGGGGCGGGCAAGUCGACACUAAUGAGACACCUAUACAAAAGCCCAACCACAAGACAAUUACUGCAGAUGUGGGCUGGAAAGAACGAAUUGGUGUUGGCCAAGUAUUUCUUCUGGAAGUUCGACAGUUACCAGAAUCGGUUGAUCGGACUGAAACGGUCCAUCCUUUAUACAGUCCUGCAGAAAGCAGAAGUAACUUCACAAUUAAUGGCUCUGCUCUUCCCGAACCAAAUGGGCCAAGGUGCCUCACCUUCGAAAAGGGAGCGGGAGUCGUCCAUAAGUGAUGACGAGGUGGAGUUGGCUUUCUCGACAUUGGUCUCCACAAAGGCGGGUCUGAUGGGCAGGAGAUUCUGCUUUUUCAUUGACGCUCUGGAUGAAUUCGACCAAGAUACUGCGAGAGAAGAUUAUGUCGACCUCGUCCUCCUUAUUCAACAAUGGGCUGAAGAGUCUGAUGCUCAUGUCAAAAUCGUCGUGUCGAGCAGAGAAUUCCCCGAGUUCCAAGCGUUCGACCAGGGCCAAAGGAUCCGCCUCCAUCUGUUCACGGUGGAUGACAUGAGAACUAUCAUCCGAAGCCGGCUCGAAAGCCACCCUCAGUUCAAAGGUUUGAAAUGGCUGGACAAGGGUGCAGAUGCACCCCUAAGUCAUCAGAAGCUCGAUGAUGCACAUCAUCUAGUCGACGCCGAGUCAUUCAUCAGCUAUAUUGCAAUUGCGGCUGAAGGAGUGUUCCUCUGGACUGUUCUCGUGGUGAAGGAGCUGAGAAAAGGACUGUCUCGCGGCGACUCAAUUCAAAAGCUCUACGCCAAGGUUAAGAGAGCUCCCAGGGACCUGAACAGGCUUUUCGAGUCCAUCAUCUAUAGUAUCGAUGAUGAGUACCAGCGAGAGGCUAUCAUUCUAUUUGCCGUCGUCUUGCGGUUUUCCGGGAACGGUUCCCCUGGACUCAGCCUGAUUGAAUGCUCAUUCUUUUUGGAGGCCGCAGAUGCCGGCGUGAUGGACCCAUCGCAAUGGGAACCUAAGAUUGAGAAAAACUUUCUUGAUGAGCGGAGAGCCCGAACAGAGAUUCAAAUCAGUGGUAGAUUCAAUGGCCUUCUGGAGAUUUCGCCCUCGAAGGCAUCGGUCAAGUUUCUCCACUCAUCUAUCAUAGACGUCAUGUCGCAUUAUACCUCCCAGGGGCUCAAGGAACACAACCUCACCGAUGCACAAAUUGACCAAUGGUUGUGUUGGAUGAUCUUCGUGUGGGUCAAGCAGGUGCUGAAAAGAGCUGCCUCAGUUGGCAGGUCCAUGGAAUUUGACGUGAUGGCAAAAAAGCUGAUGAGCCUGCUGUUUACGUUGCGAAGCAAAACUCUGGAGGACAAGACAAUGAUAAUGCUCGACAAGAUUGACACUGCUCUAUUGCUCACUUGGCAGAAGUCACCAUGGCAGAACCCCGACGAGUGGAGAAAAGCGCAGCCUUCUCGUCGAAGCGGCUUCAUCAUACCAAAUGGCAUGGAGAUGGAGGUCUACUCGCUAUUGUUGGGUACAGUGGAAUCCGGCCGAGCAGACUACUUGUUCUGGAAAUUGGACAUGAUACAAGUCGCCUGUAGAGACGGAGCAUUUGGAUCACUUCUUCUUCACUAUCUGAGCACGGUUUCUCUCAGUCCAGGGAUACUUCAAGGAGUUCUUGAGAGGGGCGUUUCUGUCAACUGUACAAGUGACUGGAGGGAGAGCCCUACCUGGGGCUUCUGUCGCCCACAUUUCGUUUGGCACGAGUACCUCGCAAACGUCCUUGGCGCACCCUUGAGCAGUCGGAAAUACAACCCCCGCGAGUACUGCCAUCUAUGGGAAAUGGUAGAGGUCUGGCUCCGGCAUGGAGCGGAUACUCGCUUCUGGAUUGGGCUCGGUGUGGACAGGCUCGAGGCGUACCAGUCCGUUGAAGGCAGGAUUGUACGCUGUGCAUAUCUGUAUGAGGUUGGGACUGUGCGUCAAGAGGCGAAAGCCAGGCUGUUCCCGUACCCAAACGCCCGGGCAUCCGUCCAAGAGCUGGUUGCAUUCAUCUCUCCUCACAAUCGGAAGACUCUCCUGGAACUUCUGGGGUCUAAAUUUAAGUAG